GCCCAUGGGCGAGAGCCUGGUGAGGCUGGUGGAGCUGGCAGAGGGCUCGGAAGAGUACCGGGAGGUGGCCGAGGGGUUCAAGCGGACGGCCCCAGGCUACUGCAUCCUCAAUAUCCAGAGGGUGCAGAACCAGGUCCUGUGGGUCUCCUACUGCUGGCAGCGCCGCUGGAUGGAGGAGAAGAACCCACCGGGCGAGCUCAACGAGCGUCUCCUCUACCACGGCACGCGGCCAGAGAACCGGCACUCCAUCCAGGAGAUCGGCCUCCGGAUCACCUGCCGCAAGGUGGGAAUCUACGGCCAGGGCCUGUACUUCGCGGCGGAGGCUGCGCGGUCAGCGGACUACGCUAAGCCCGAUGCCCACGGGCACCGCUUUAUGUUCCAGGUGCGGGUGCUGACGGGGCAGUUCACCCAGGGCAAGGAGAACAUGGUGCUACCUCCGGAGAAGCCGGAUGGGGGCGGGCGUUACGACAGCGUGGUCAACGUGGUCUCCCGCCCCAGCAUCUUCGUCACCUUCUUCGACGACCUCACCUACCCCGAGUACCUCAUCACCUUCCGGGGCACCAGGCCGCCCCUGAACUGAGAACCGUGCUGCCCUGGGACAGGCCACGGGACCUGGCAGCCAAAGAACAGCCGUAGGGCCGGGCAGCAUUGGGUGUGGAACAUGUGCACAUGUGUACUCGUGCACUGGUUGGAUUCAGAGCCGCUCGACUGCCGGCCCUACACUGCUGACAGCUAAUGGAGAUUCUCCAGAGCAUUCCCAGCAUUCACAGCUCCAGCAGAGAGGACUGACUGGGCCAUGGGAUGGGGGAGAAAGAUGAGCUGAGACACAUCCCGCUGCCCCCUCCUGGAAGGUGUCACGCUACUCAGUUGUGUGUCAUCAGCCCAGCACAGCUGCCCACAAGUGGGGAUUCUCCAUUUGCCAACAGCUGAGGGAACAUCCGGCUUGUUUCUUGGAGGCUGUAUAAUUUCCUGUUACAAUCUCCUGACGGUUUCAGUCCUGCGGGCCUGGCUCAGGGAAGGGCCUGGCAUCUUGUCGAUCCAGCUGCACCCAUGAGGAGGAGGAUUGCCGGCAGGAG